UUGCAUUAAUAAUUACUAUUUUCUAUUUGGAAUGGUAAUGUCACUGAUGAUAUUGUGGAAUCUGAUUGAAUGCGGAAGUGUUUCUGUUUGUUUGCAUUGUGAUGUGCAGUAGUGCAAAAGUAAGGUUAGUCACCUUCAAGCUUCACGUUUGAUAUUUAGUAUUUAUUUGUAUUUCCCAUCUGCAUCAGCCCACCAUGCAGAGAUGCAGGUUGGACCUCCCUGCCCAUGUGUCAUUAUGAUUCAGGUACGAAGGAUGUGCAGAAACGCCAAACUGACAAAACCAAAAAAGUCAUGAACAAAAAAACAAAGUUUGAUUCUGGCCAAAAGAGUCAGAGUAAAAAAUCCAAAAAGAAUAAUGGGUCGACACAGAGCACUCAAGGUCAGAAAGCAGAAGUGAAGGGCCGGGCUGCUGGAAAGGAUGCUUAUUCUCCUGGACCUAAGAGAAGCUCUGAAUCUACCCGCAGUAUGCAAAAACGUGCUCAGGAGGAGGCCAAAGCUACUCAUAGUGACAGUAAUUCAUCCCAGCAACAUCUGAUGAAGACGUCAAGGUCUGCUGAAGAUGAAAAAGGUGAGCUGGACCUGUACAGAGGAGAAGAGGAAAUAGAACAAGAACUGCAGGAGAAGCACCAGUCAAAGUCAGUGGCUGUUGGUGAGGCCCAGAGCAGUGUUUCAGCUGCAGAGGAUCUUCAAACCUACAGCGAGAGAGAAUGGAAAGGCAAUACCACUAAAAGUCAGCUUAUCCGAAAGGGGUAUGAAGCAAUAGCCAGUGAAUUCAAUCUAUGCAUAGUAAGAGGUGAUAACUAUUGUGCCCUGAGGGCGACACUCUUCCAGGUGCUCAGCCAAUCCAAACAGCUUCCUGCCUGGUUACAUGACUCUGACAUCAUUAAGUGGCCAAAAGAAAUGCAUUCUGAUAAGGAUUUUAUUAAGGAGUGGCAGUUUCCAUUUGAAAGCAGGACGAGCACAGUACAGCAUCUUGAACAAUGUCUGGAAUUACUGAAGAAAAAGUGGCAAGAGGCUGUUGAGUGUAAAACUCUUAAAGAGAGGGAGCGCAUGUGCCAGCAGGUGUUCAGAGGUCAUGAUGAGGAGUAUGAGCUUCUGGAAGCGCUGAAGUUCUUGAUGCUGAGGACUGCCGUUCAGUUGCACUCCAAUAUGGAGAAGGGCUCUGACGUACCAGAGUUCUGCUGGCUCCUCUUUGCUCGUGACUCGUCCAAAGGCCCCAAGACCUUCCUCACCAACCAUCUCAGACAUGUAGGAUUUAGUGGUGGGCUGGAACAGGUGGAGAUGUGCCUCCUGGGUCAUUCCCUUCAACAGACGAUCCGGGUCGUUCGGCUGUAUAAGUGUGACACAGAAGAGUUUAUCACAUACUACCCGAAUGACCACAGGGAAGACUGGCCUCCUCUAUGCUUGCUUACUGAAGAUGACAGACACUACAAUGCACUCGUACCCAAAAAGUCCUCCAAAUUUGAUGAACGCGGUAGGCCAAAGUGGAAUCAACCCUCAGAUGGACCAUCAAACAUAACUACGCGUCUUUAA